GAGCACUGAGGAGGACAUGGGAUGGAGUGGACUUGGUAGGGGAGUAGCUGGGCAAGGCACAGUAGGGAAGGAUCCUGUGGGUAAAUGGGAGUCAUUCUCUUGAGUGAAGCUCUACCGGACUCCGCUGUGGAGUCCACAUUCUACCUGAGGGCUCCUCCUGAGGUGCCCACCAGCCUUCUGUUUCCUUUUUCCUCCUUUGGCACCAUCACCUUCCCAGUUACAAGCAAGGGCAAUAAACUGGGGGCCCACUGGGGAAGAUGUCUUAAUGGAGAGAGCAGAGAUGAAGAGAAAAUCCCUCAGCAGGUUGAGAGUGCCUUCUGCAGGCUCAGGGCACAAAGCGAGAACUCUUUGCACAGAAUUUCGAUCAUCCUUGCUACUUAAGAUCCCCAAAAUGGUGGAACCAAAGGGUACUGAGAGCUAAGGAAGGAAAACUCCAUACUUGAGAUGCCUUCUUGAGCCAGCAGGUGGCAGUAGUGGUGGUGGAGGCAACAGUUGGAUGAACUGACUGGUCCUGACCACACAGUGUCAAAAUAGAGAAUGGAGAGCAGGUCUGCUGUUCAUGAAAGAUGCCUGAAACACGGCCCACGUGUCCAAGCCUUGGUGUUGUCUGGAGGAGGAGCCGGGAGGAGACCGUUGAUGAACUGCUCUCAGAUUGUUGGUCUAUGAAGGAGGUUAAUACAUGUCAGUUUGACAUUGUAUCAUUGAAUCAGAAUUGAACAUCAGAAAGAGUAAAAUUCCCAGGCCUUUGUUACCCUAGCCUGGGUACAAGCUCAAGAUGAUGCAGAAGGAGGAGCAAAGCAUGGGAUCCAAGAAAGUUAAGUUCCAGUUCAGGUCUAAGAGAAUCAUGUCUGUGAUCUGUGUCUUUGGUUUCUUCAUCUACAGCUGUCAUCUUGUGGGCUGGAGCAUGGUGGCCAGGCAGUGUGCAAGGGGCUCUGGUGUCCAUGCAGCCCUCAUAGACCUGCGGAGGUAUUAUUGCUCUAAGCCCCCAGUGGAGUUCCAGUUUGAUAGCUGCCCUGGAUGGAGAUGUGGGAGUGAGAGAAAGGGGAUAUGGAGGCAGGUCUAAUUUACUCAGCAGCACGUCAGGUCUUUGGGACUUCCUGGUGUCUGAGAGGAGACAAGCAGAAUGAACUUGCUGAGCUCCUCAUCUCCAGGAAACAGUUCUUCUACAAGGAUUCCUGGGCUGGGUGUUUAGCAUCUUUCAUAUGCCCCCACCCCAAUCCCACCUUCUCUUUCGGAGACUUGAAAUGAAAUCGCUUAACAUUAACUCACACCACCUCUAGCUCUGCUCUUUAGGAUUAAAUGAAGUUUAAAGUCACUGAGCCUCUCCCAGAGGCUAGACCCUGUGUGUGCGUAUGCAUGCCUAUGUCCUCAUGUGUGCAUGUGUGUGCGUGUGAGUGUGUGUGCAUCCACAUGUUUGAGGGCAGCAUAGGGAAUGAAGAUACAGAGCAACCUGGACAAAUACUCUGCAGUCUAGGCAAGAGUGAGUGUGGUCACUGAUGUUGAGGCACAGAGCUAAGUGUGGGGAAAUAUGGCUGAAGUUUGUUCAGUGUGCUGUGGAAAUCCAUUUGGAUGAUAGGUGGGGGUGAGUGGGUCACAGAAAACCUCCUGGGGAGCUGUCACAUCCAGGCAUGAUGUAGAGGGGAUUCUGUCUCUUUCUAGGUCAAUGCAUAUCGACCAUCCUGUGGCAGUUUAUCCAGUCUUUUGUUCUCUAGCUGCAUUUGUUUAUGGAUACUACAUCCUUUUCUUCUCUUCACCAGCAAGACUUCCUGGGCUGGUCAGUCGACAAGGAGAAGGUUUACCUAAUCUCUCAAAAUAAAGAAAUGGAAACCUAGUUCUAGUGUGUGCCUCACACUAGCUUGCCAAGGCAUAGCCCAGGUAGCUCUGAUCUUUUGAUACCACCAGUUCCCAGGUGGUGGUGCUAGAAACACGUCAGUGGUUUGGGUCCGGACAGUGGAUGAUGGAUGGGGGUUCUUACCUACACAGGCAAUAGUGUCAGUUUAAAGUUUGUUUAAGAAAUUCUGCCUGCUAAACUUAAACAAAAAGACUUUAAGCUGUGGAAAUUGUAGAGAAAAAUAUAUUCUACAUACCUACAAUGCAAAGAGCUUGAGAAAAAUUUAGGCUCAGGAGAAGAGUUUAAUAACAAGAUUUAGAACAAGAACCAGAAGCUCUACUCUUUGUUUCAGUCUGAAAUUAACCAGCAGGUACAUUCCUGUGCACAGUGAAGGGACCCAGGAACCUAUAAUCUUGACUAGGCAAAAGGGAAGUGGAUACAAUUUGGGAGGACCUUCCCAAUCCUACUAUAAAAUUAGUUCUUAUCCUUUCUCUUCCACUUCCACUCUUGAUUGUUCUUGAAAUUUUUUAUCCUUCAGGUAUAUUUUUCAAUUGACUAUGAUGCGGUUUUACCUCCAUGGAAAUAAGGGAGAGGCUAUUGUGUGGCUGGUGGGAGGAGAACUGGGAAAUAAUAUGAUUAGAUUCAAAAUUCCAUAAUCACUGAAUAUGAUUAGCUCCCAAGGAAACUCCUGCCGGUUGCGCUUAGGAACCCAAGGAAGAAACCCAGAUGGGAGCCCAGGAGACAUCCUCUGCUCUGCCUUCUUUCUCACCUUCCACGUUCAAUACAUCAUCCCACAUGCCCUCUGUGCCUAAUAGAAGCCCUCGUCAGAUCAGCCUAAUGGUUCAUGCAGCACAUGUGUGUCCCCACUGCUGCAGGAGACAACCGAGGAGGCUUCUCUAGAGAGCCUCAGUGUCUUAUUCUCUUUGUCUUCAGGUUUUAUAAACUAGACGCUUUCUAGGCGUUGUUGUCAAUGGUUGUUGAAUAAUGGUACAGAACUCAAUUUAGCAGUGCUAAAUUGGUUCUGAUUAAUGAUUAUUGAAUUAAAGGUCAGAACUUAAUUUAGCUGGAUAGUUAAACAACAGGCAUAAAUAAAACCCACAAGUAAGCUGAGACCAAGGAGAAUGUCCUCAACCCUUUGAAACUUGUGCUACUGUGGUGUGUUGUGCUCUGAGACCCUGGAGCCCUGGUGCACAAUCAUGUCCUAGACCAGUGGUUGUCAAAGUGUGGUGUGGGAACCUUGGGGUCCCUGAGAUGCAUUCAGUAGGGUCAGCGAGAUCAAAACAAUUUUAAUCAUAAUGCUGACAUUAUUUGACUUUUUUACUCAUAUUUUUCAUUAGUCUAUGGUAGAAUUUUCCAGAGAGUAGAUGAUAUGCAAUGACAUCAUCACUCUGCCAGCUAGUGCAAUAUCUACUUAUGUAAAAUGUGUUUAAAAUUUUCUAGUUUUAAUUUUUAAUACAAGAAAUAUCAAUAGAUGUAAAUCACAUGAAUAAAAUCUAUUUAGGGUCCUUAAUAAUCUUAAGUGUGUAAAUUAUUUUCAAGGCCAAGUAGUGUGAGAACUGCUGCAGUAAUAACUCUCUCUGGGGUCCAUCCCCAACAGACUGGGCUCUAUGCAGAGCCAGGCUUACAAUUCUGGUCCCAGAUGCUGAGCGCUCACAUCUAUGAACCUUGCAGGGCCUGUCACUUGCUCAUCCCUCCUGCAGCCCUGACACUGAUGGCUCCUUUGUGUACCCUCCUCACCUCCCCUGCAUGGCGAGUCCCUAAUCAGAAAUGGAUCGGUGCCUCAUGUAGAGGUGGGUCUGGAGGCAGCUGAAAUCAGAGACUGAGACUGGGCAACUGGGGGGAAAAAGAAGACCUUCUGACUUGAACCGAGUUCGCUUGUCACUCUUGGGUGGCCCCUGAUUGCCUCUAGGGUCCUUCCAAGGAUUUCCCAUUCAGUCUCCACUUUCCUCCAUUUGUCCUUUGUCUCUCUGUGACUUUGUCUUUCUGUGACUUUUUUACAUCUCCAGCAAAGAGCAGAGACGUGACCAGUCAGGGAUACAUAUGUUUGAUUGGGAAGCAAAGAGAGAAAAUAAAAUCAUAGGUCUUGGAAUAGGUUCAAAGUCCAGAGGAAGGGGUGAGCUUUGUUAGGAUUUAUGGAGAUUAUUAGGGAGAAAAUACAAACAGACAAUGUCAUUGUCUUCAUCAAAGAGUGUGGAGUUGUGCUGUAAAGAAUUCUGGCAAAUUUUUCAUUGAUUUAAGCAGUUUUCAUGUGUUAAUUUUUUAACAACGUUUGCUCCUAGAAACAUUAAUGAAGUUGUUGAAUCCCAUUGAAGCAGAGAUCUAAAUGUUCUGUGUUCUUGCAGGAAUCUCAUAUAGCCAGCAGAAGGCAGUGUGGUAGAGAAGGUAGCUGGUGGAAAUAUGGCAUAUUUGGAUCACAGGUGGAAGGUUUGAAAACAUGGCACUCUGUCUAAACCAUGUUGUCUCCUGGGUGAAAAGCUGGGAGGGGUUGUUGAUUCAGGGAGGAGACCCCAGUAGACUAUGACAAUAUCUUCCAUCUUGAAUCUGAAGACAGGUAGCAUCUUCUAGGUUGUGUGGUGGUCCCUAUUAUUGCUGGAAGUAAGGGGAUGGAGGUGGGCGGGGGAUGCAGUAUCCUCUUGUCCAGGUCAGAGAAGGUGGCUUCUGAGGGUCAUUUCUGCUUUGCUGCACAGUCUUGCUGACAUAAGGGGUAUUAACAGCUGUACUUCUACUGUAUGAAGGGUGGGAGACAGGGCUCAGGCACCUGGGGAGGAUAGGGCUGUGGGACCUGAGUUGGGAGUGGUGCUGGCAGGGGACUUUGCCUUAUUUCUGCUGCUACUAGGACAUUUUCCCUAGUUGAAAGUAAACUGAGUGAAAGAAGAAAGUACUUUAGUAUGAGACAACAUCAGUGAAGAAAAUUAUCCCCCAAAAUACCACAAGGGAGAAACACCCUCUUUCAUCACCCCUUUCUUUAAUGUCAGUGACAAGACAUCUCAUUGCACUCGCUCCUGAGACUGCCUACCCCACAGAAGCCUUUUGUGGGUCUGCCCCACAGAUGGCUGAGACCUGCAGUGUCUGCCCCUCCCAGGAGUUGGUACAAGUCAGGGGAGAGAAAAGACGUGAAGGUAUCUGGGAGAAUUCUAUAGGAGAUUCUAGCUGGAGUCAUAAGCCAUGAAAAACAUAAAAUGUCUGAAGAUUGAAAGAGAAGAAUACAAUUGUCUUUAUCUGAAGAAUACAUAAUUAUGAAACUCCGGUUUUGCAGGUAUUGAGUGACCAGCAAGGUUUCCAUCUCCUGAGGAAGGGUAGCCUGGGAGAAAGAAGACACAGAAGCCCUUUCCCACAGUACCUCUGGGUUCUCUGUGGGGGCAGCCAAGGGAAAGGUGCAAUGAGGGAAAACUGUGCUUAUGGAACCAUACAUGGGCAAAAAAAGACUUCACUAUCUGUGCCAGGGAGAUGGGACCACCAUAUGUUGGCAGCUAUGAAGUUGAGAGGUGGCUGUUCACCAGAGAUGAAUACACAGGGUUUCCAGUCAACUUUCAGCAUUUUGGUGCAUGAUACCCGAGCCCUAGCCAGUGGAAAAAAUUAUCUGAGACUGAGGAGAGAUGUCUUACCAGCAGCAGCAGUGCAAGCAGCCCUGCCAGCCACCUCCUGUGUGCCCCACGCCAAAGUGCCCAGAGCCAUGUCCACCCCCGAAGUGCCCUGAGCCUUACCUGCCUCCUCCUUGUCCACCUGAGCAUUGCCCACCUCCACCAUGCCAGGAUAAAUGCCCUCCUGUGCAACCAUACCCACCCUGCCAGCAGAAGUAUCCACCCAAGAGCAAGUAACAUCACUAGAAUUCAUCAGGACCAUGAAACAACAAGAUCCAGUGGCUCUUCUUACUCCCAGGACUCCAUCAUCAUCCCUUCAGCUGUAGUGGGAGGCUGCAUCUUCCCUAACCUCUGCCUGGCUUGAGAGUUGACAGAGAAAAGGCUUAGUUUUGAAAACCGAUAUGUUGUUGGAAGAUGAGCAGCCGGAUCAUCCCCUAAUCUCGCUUUGCUGUCUGUGAUGUAGAUGGUGGUUCCUAUCCUGAGAGCAAGUGUUUAUUCUUUUGCUUCUUCCCAAUAAAGCACGUUUCAUGGUCAAGCC